AUGAUAUCGUCCAAUACAAGAGACAUACUACUUCUUCUACAGUUGAUACAUUCCAAAGGAUUGAUCGACCCGAAAUCCGUCAACAAGAAUGAGAAAAAACUAGCUGGCAUUGGAAAAGACUGGUUGAACCAUAAGAGUACACAGCUAAGUAUUAUACAGGGAGACUUACAUGCCAUGAAAGCUGCUCCAACUCCGGAUCAAAUAGUUAAAACGUACCAGGAAUUACUUGAACAAAAUAGUGAGUGCCGGAAUACCACAGACUUGGCCAACAAGUAUUAUUAUGCCAGGAUAAUAGAAGUUGAAGAGAAGAUAAAGGAGAAUAAGGACGAGUUCAGGAAGGAGCUUGAAGUGAACAAGGUGAACUAA